GCCCGCAACGCGCGUGCGCAGAGCGAAGUCGUGGCGGCAACUGAGAAAAAACGAGCAACGCGGGCCUCGGUGCGGGUGAGGUGCGACGCGGGGCGAAGGUGACGCUCAGAUUUCUCAGCACAUCCAGUAACGCCCUGAGACCGGCACCAUGGACUUCCAGCAUCGCCCUGGGGGCAAGACCGGGAGUGGGGGGGUGGCCUCCUCCUCCGAGAGCAACCGUGACCGCAGGGAGCGGCUUCGCCAGCUGGCGCUGGAGACCAUCGACAUCAAUAAGGACCCUUACUUCAUGAAGAACCACCUGGGCUCCUACGAAUGCAAGCUCUGCCUGACGCUGCACAACAAUGAGGGUAGUUACCUUGCGCACACCCAAGGGAAAAAGCAUCAGACCAACCUGGCCCGGCGAGCGGCCAAGGAGGCUAAGGAGGCCCCUGCCCAGCCAGCGCCAGAGAAGGUCAAGGUGGAGGUCAAGAAGUUUGUGAAGAUUGGCCGCCCUGGCUACAAAGUGACCAAGCAGAGGGACACGGACAUGGGCCAGCAGAGUCUCCUCUUUCAGAUCGACUACCCUGAGAUCGCCGAGGGCAUCAUGCCCCGCCACCGCUUCAUGUCCGCCUACGAGCAGAGGAUCGAGCCCCCGGACCGGCGCUGGCAGUACCUGCUGAUGGCUGCCGAGCCCUAUGAGACCAUUGCCUUCAAGGUGCCCAGCAGGGAGAUUGAUAAGGCUGAAGGCAAAUUUUGGACUCACUGGAACCGGGAAACCAAGCAGUUCUUCCUGCAGUUCCACUUUAAGAUGGAGAAGCCCCCGGCCCCUCCGAGCCUGCCUGCCGGGCCUCCUGGAGUGAAGCGGCCUCCGCCCCCGCUGAUGAACGGCCUGCCCCCUCGCCCCCCGCUGCCUGAGUCUCUGCCUCCACCCCCGCCAGGAGGCUUGCCACUGCCACCCAUGCCCCCCAGUGGGCCUGCUCCAUCGGGGCCCCCAGGCCCUCCCCAGCUACCCCCUCCUGCUCCUGGGGUCCACCCCCCAGCUCCAGUAGUCCACCCGCCAGCCUCUGGAGUCCACCCUCCUGCACCUGGGGUUCACCCCGCAGCACCAGUGGUCCACCCACCUACUUCUGGGGUCCACCCCCCUGCUCCCGGUGUCCAUCCUCCAGCCCCAGGGGUUCAUCCACCAGCCCCAGGAGUUCACCCUCCCCCAGCUGCAGGGGUUCACCCCCAGGCUCCAGGGGUGCACCCACCAGCCCCUGCGGUGCACCCCCAGGCUCCAGGGGUCCAUCCUCCAGCUCCCGGAGUCCAUCCACCAGCCCCAGGGAUCCACCCCCAACCUCCUGGGGUCCACCCCCCACCCCCUGGGGUCCACCCAGCAGCUCCUGGAGUCCAUCCUGCAGCUCCUGGGGUCCACCCCCAGCCUCCCGGAGUUCACCCCUCAAACCCUGGUGUACACCCCCCAGCCCCCAUGCCCCCAAUGCUGAGGCCCCCACUGCCCUCCGACGGCCCUGGGAAUAUCCCUCCCCCUCCCCCUGCCAACUGAAAGCCCUUGUCCCUGCCUCCAGCAAGGCUGGGCCAUUUUUCCCCUGUGUUUCCACUGAAAAAGAGUUGGUGCCUCAGAACC